AUGGAAGACACGGUCAUACUAGAAGUGACGCAGUCCUCAGGGACAGGGUUCACUAUUGGGCGAACCGACAGACGAGGAUUAGGUUCCAUAAUAAGAGAUCCGCUCAUCCAAAACGUCCUCCCCCACCUAGAUCCGGAAGAGGAACGUAAACUCAUGAUGAGGAUCAUGAAAACCGAACGACGUAGAGAAAAGGCCAGGAACGACCUAGCAGAAAAACGUAGACCCGAAAGGAAAGUCCUCCCCAACCCCACAACAGAAAGCAGGAAAAGAGAACAGAAAAUUCUCCCAAAAACAACUGGAAAGAUAGGAACUAAAAUCCGGACCAAACGACGCGCAAAGUCACCUUCGCGGGAAACCAAAGGAAGCAGAGGUGCAGACACGCCACCACUCUUCCCCCAGUUCAGUUUACAGACAAAUCCGGAAGUACCCCACACCACCGACCCCGAAAUAGGCCCCAGCGGAGACAAUGGGACAAACGAGACUGCUGGCCCCAGUAGGGAAACCAAACACCCGACACCCUGCGCGCUCAAAACUACAGAUGUAGAAGCAGAGCCUGCAACAGAAACCCUCUCCCCACAAAGCCCCGCCGCCCCAAGCAGCGCAGGCGAAACACAAUCCCCUCCCACAGACACAACACAGGGCACAAACGGCGAAUUUCAACUCGCACGCAAAACCGCCCGCCACACCACACCACCUACACAGACCGGCCUUCAGACAACACAGAACCCAUUCGCAGCACUCAUGGACGACGCGGAAAAUCCGCCCGCCCCCAUCCCACGACAGACCGACACACAGCGGCCAAAAAAUAUCCGACUCCCACCUAUAGUGGCCACCUUCCCUACCACAUACAAAGACCUGUACACCACCAUUAAAGACGCGCUAGGUGGCGAUCACUUCCAAGCCAAAUCAGUAGGAGGUGAUACAAUCAAACUGACGGCACGGACACUAGAGGAUUAUAACACCAUUAAAUCCGGACUCAAACAAAGACAUCCCGCACUACACCUACCCCAUCGGAGCGCAAAAGCCGCUGAAGGCAGUAUUCAGAGGCUUUCCCAAAGGUACCGACCCAGAAGACAUAAAGUCCGCCAUAACCAUGCAAGGUUAUGA